UGAUAGGUGAUAAGUCGUUAUUAAUCCCUCUUCUAGUUUCUGUGACGCCACCUAGGCACUUAAUAGGCACUUAAUUAGGCGCUGUACAAUGCUGUAGGUACCCGUAGAAUAGGGAACACAUGGGACUCUAAUCCUCUUCCAUCACGACUUUGACAGCCUAUUAUUAAUACAAACUUCGUGCGACCAUCCAUACCGACAGAUUAUUUCUCUAUAUAAUAGAUAGCUGUCCUCUUCGGAGCCCUGGCACACACCUCCUUUUUGCAUUGAUCCAUACGAAGAUAGACUUCUUAGGCCCCUUCAACCAACGUUAAACGUUCUGCAUAUCUGAACUUCAGUUUGCUGUUACCCCGCCGAAUUCCAGAAUCCGCGAUUCGCAUACCAUACAUAAGCCAACACCACCCCUCACUUUUUAUUACCCCUCUUUCGUAAAGCAAACCAAUUCAACCGAAUAUACCUUUCGCGAUGGCCGACCAGGAGCACACUUACAAGUUCAAUGUCAGCAUGAGCUGCAGCGGCUGCUCGGGAGCCGUCAAUCGUGUGCUCGGCAAGCUUGAGGGUAUCCAAAACUACGAAGUCUCCCUCGAGAAGCAGGAGGCUGUCGUCGUCGCCAAGCCGGGCCUCGACUACGAGACGGUCCUCAAGACGAUCAAGAAGACCGGCAAGAAGGUCAACUCGGGCUCUGUCGACGGUGAGGAUCGGAGUAUCGAGAUCGCCGCCGAAUAGAGGCGUAUCGGUCGGAAACUGAAGUCGCAACAUUUUGACAUAGGGGCUGAUGGAUAUCCCGUUGGGACGAAGGAGGCAUUUCGACUUUCCGUCUACGCGUGACGCCCUUUUUUUGUGCUUUUCCUUUUAUCCCGUUUUAUGAUGAGCGAUCAUAAACCGCCUAGACUUAGGGAUACGAUGUCUUGUCUUGGGACUGAUAUGUAGCCUGGCAUGGAUUGAUUUUAUACAUCUGCUUGCGCCGACAAUAAGAACGCCUCUGAUGCGAUUCGACGAAUACAAUACUAGAGCUAUUGUGCUAUAGUCUCACCCGUAGAUGCUGUUCAUUUUCCUUGUGUAAGCUUCCGUAUCUGGACACUUACACGAUAACUUCCGCUAUGAUGGA